AACUCCGCCUUCAGGAAGUCAUCACCACAUCUCUUCUAUUAAGCCUGUAGCAACGUUUUUACUAGAGGAGGAGCUGAGUUAACAAGGCGGUGCUAGGUCCUCCCAGGCGUUUUUUCACAGCCGAAUGGUUGUCAUGGCAUAUGAAAGGAUUUCUCAAACAUGCAUAAAAGAAUCAAGGCAAAACUCCAGGUAAGUUUUGUUACUUUUUCUGCACAAUUUUAUAGCGCAAUGUGCUUGGAAAAUACAUAUUACUGCCCUUUUAAGCCACUCAUGACCAGAAGCAUUUUACCUGUGUUCAUUUUUUGUGAAUGAAGGUACAAAGGACUGCAGAAAAAAUAGAGGAUCAAUGGCUUAAACUUGCUUGAGGUCAAGUGUGAACUUUCCACAGUCUGAUAAUCUGGGGAGCCAUGUUAUUUGCUGGUGUUGGUUUACUGUGUUUUUAUCAAGACCAAACUCAAGGCAGGAAUCUACCAGAAAAAUUUAAGAGCUCCUCAGAUUCCUCUCCGCUGUCAAGACUUACACUUUCCAGCACCUACCUGCACCACCUAAUGUAUCCGUAUCUGCUUAAAUGACAGAAGCUGAGGUUAACUCCGGUGAGUUAACCUCUGUUUGCAGUUUCCUAUCAAUUCAUGGGAAACUGCAACACACCAGACCCAACAAUGCAGAUGAACUGAAGGACAAAAGCAAUCUGAUCUUCCUUAGCAACUCAACAAAACCAAAGGCCAUGCUGCUCCGAUGCAGUAAUUCAUGCAAAAAGGAACAUGGACUAAGUAUUAAGUGCAUAUACUCAUAUAUCGUAUAAGUGCAUAUAACCACAUACGUUAAACAGUUCUGUAUAAAAAUUCUUUUUUAUUAUUCUGAUAUUGUAUUCAAAAUUUCCAAGACAUUUGAGGAUAUGAACCACAAAAUAAAACACAGAAAAGUUGAAAAAAAUAAAACUAAGUGCAAUCAAAUAAAUUAGUACACAAACGAGUAGCCCAAAACAAUUUUGGAAAAUUAGUUAUCAGAUUAGAAUACAUGUAAAAUUAGAUUAACAAAGAUCUCAAGAGAAUUGAAUAACAAAAAGGUUUUAACUGGAUAAGACCUUGAGACAGAAAGCCAACUGUCUCAAGCCAACUCUCAUGAAGUCGGCUUCAAGAGAUAUAACUCUCUUGAAGCCGACUUCAAGAAUGAAGAGACUCAAGACCUUUGCGCUGUUGAUUUGCUAGAUUAGCUUUCUGUUAAGUGUUUAGGUUUAAAAAAGGUGCAUCAUUUAGAAUUAUCGAGGCUCCUUUUUUUAAACUGAAUAGGGAAUAACUAAAAGCUGUUAGUCAACUGCUUAGUCAUCGUGCUCCACUGAACUUCAUUCACCGUAGUAAGUUUGUAUUUGUCUGGUUUCUGCUUUUUAAAUGUCUUCUUUAGUGGUAUUUGACUAAUUUGCUUCAUGUAAUUUGCGAGGGUAAACCAGUCAUAGACUAGCGGUGGAUGCUAACUUGCUAAUGUCAAUGAAAUCUGUUGGACCGCUGAAGAAAUGUCUACCAGAGACUGGAGCAGGAGGUGCAUACGGAGUUGUUUUAACACACGGAAUGCGUUGACAUUUGUGACUCUAUCGGCUGUUGUUGUGGGUAAGUAUGCGUUUAUUCUGUGCAUGGGCAACACAUAUCUUGAACCUAUGUGCUGUUGACAACAGUGUUCUGCUAUGACAACAUGUUUAACUUAAAAAUGUAUAUAUAUUUUUGAUUUUUGUGUCUGCUGCUUAUUACACGUUAUCAGUAAAAUAAAGUAUUUAUAGACUUUUUUUUAGCUGAAGAGUUCAAGCUAGACACUACUAGCGUGCCGCUUCAACAGAAACUAACGUUGGGAGAACCGUUUGUUGGCUGAAGAGAAACUCCAUAUUUUGUUGUCAAGGCAACAGAGUGAUGUUUAUUUACUUAUUUUAAAUCUAGCAGCCGUGUACCUGGCUGUUUUUGUACUUCUAAGAAUAUUGUUCCAUCCGAGUAAAUUAUAGUUUCAGAAAGGUAAUUCAAAUCACAAAUUCAGUUCAGAAAGUAAGACUUAUGUACUAGACAGACUAUGGUCACAUUACGAUAAAUUUUAUGCCUUCAUUUAAGUCAAUUUGUGUCAUUUGAGCGUAAGCUAAUAAGAAAAAAGGACACGCACAUUUAAAACCAGUUAUUUGUGUUAUUCAUAAAGAGGGAAAGUCAAAUGUUGGCUAAAUACUUAUACAAAAUGCACAUAUAGCAACCAUAUACAAAUCCUGCCAGACUCCUUAAAUAUUUUAUUAUCUUUGUUUAAGACUCGACUGAAUAAUAUUUUACCCUCUUUAUGAAGAGUAAAUUCUCUCUUUUAAGGUUUGCAAAUUCCAUGACAGGAAUAUAUUAUGAAAAUAUAUAUGAUCACACUAAAUAUUUGACGAUGAUCAUUGACUGAUUACAAAUAUUUAGUGAAAUGCCUAGAUAAUUGAAAUGUAACAUUUAUCAAGCAUCUACUAUGUAAAGUAAAUGGGAAAUAAUCCAUGUCUCUGCCAUUGCUUUAACUGAUUAAAAAUACUGUUUGGCUAUUAACAUUUUCCUAUGCAUUUUACUAUCUAUCCUUUUCUGGUGAAAACCAAGUUGAAUUUUAUUUUCAGGCCUGUACAAAGCUCAGACUUGAAUUCCAAUGAAAAUCUGUGGGGUACACUGAAGACCAGGGUCUUUGUGAGAAGACCAUAAAAUCUCCAAUAGCAUGAAAUAUUUGCCAAAGACUUAUUACAAACUACAAACAUUGACUACUGGCAUCGGAGGAGCUAAUAACUUUGAUAGAGAUUUGGUUUUGUGAAAGAAUUUGGUGAAAAGUAAUUCUAUGUAAGCAUCCAAAAGAAAUAGUAGGAUGUUUGGAACUGCUGUGUUGAAAAAUCAUUGAUCUGUUUAACAGCACAUGAGAAAUUUUUGGAAAAAGAAUUGAAAUUUCAUCAAGGGACUAAUAAUUUUGACUUCAACUGUGUAUGUAUAUAUACCAAAACUUCUUUUGCUCUUUUGAAGGUGUUGCUAUUGGCUUGGUUUUGAAGACCUUUACAACUCUUACAUUGUACGAAAGAGCUUGGCUUCGCAUUCCCGGAGAAUUUCUUUUCCGGCUGAUGCAGUUUGUUACUGUCCCUCUGCUGAUGACAAAUGUGAUACUCGGAAUUGCUGGUGCCACUCUCAGUCCCUCCAAAAAGAUCACUAGAUGUGCAUUAACAUACUUUGGCUUUACAACAAUAAUAUCUUUGCUAAUAGGAAUCACCCUGACAAUGCUGAUCAAACCAGGGAUCACUGCAAAUCCCGAAAAAUCAGAUGAAGUUACUGACUUUGAUGAUGCCUACAACACCAUUGAUGCCCUGUCUGAUCUAAUAAGAAACCUCAUUCCACACAAUCUGAUUCUGCUGAGCUACAAACAGUACAAGACUAGGAAGGUGUAUAUAAAUUCACAGACGGUCAACGGUACCCUUCCGGAAAAUCAAGAAGUGCAGUUAGUAGGCGAAAACAUGCGAGGGGUUAACAUGCUCGGAUUGAUAGUGGUGUCAGUUUUCAUUGGGAAGAGCAUUAGGAAGAUUGGAGCUGUGGGCGGAACCUUUCUGGAGGUCAUCAACACCGUCAACAUUGUCUCCAAAAGUUUGGUGAAAAUAAUAAUGAUCUAUUUUCCCAUUGCAGUGAUGUUCAUGAUGGCAAGCUAUGUUCAUACCAUUGCAGACGACUGGCAGACUGUUGUUAGCCUUGGAAAGUUCAUCACCGUAAUUGUUACUGGACUUCUCAUCCAUGGUUUUUUGGUGUUGCCACUCAUCUGCUUCUUGUGCAUGAGAAGGAACCCCUACCCGAUCUUUCCAGGGAUUGCACCUGCAUUGCUAAGGGGGAUGCUCGUUUCACGCUCUUAUGCGGCAUCAGAGACUUUCAGUUGUUGCGAAGAUAGACUGAGGAUCAACAAAAGAAUAACUCGCUUCAUGCUGCUCAUUGGGAUCCACGCCAAUAUGGAUGGAACGGUCCUUUAUGAGAUGGCUGCUGCCCUGUUCAUUGCUCAACUCUCAGGCUCCAGGUUGCACUGGAGCAAGAUCAUCAGCAUUGCUGUGACAGUGGCAGUGGCCACUCUUGGAGAGGCAGGAAUCCCCGCUACAGGAAUGAUGACCACCCUCUUUAUUUUGACCAUCAGUGGGAUUCCAGUGAGACCUGCCUCCCUUUUGCUCUCCAUUGAAUGGCUGCUAGAUCGCCUCAAUGCCGCUGUCAAUAUCAUGAGCGACUGUUUUGGUGUCUUUCUCGUUGCUAAUGUGUCAGAAGGAGAACUGAAAAAAAUGGAAGAGGAGAUGCCUUAUGAGCAUCUACCAGAACCGUGGAAGCCACCAGAGGAGCUUGCUUAAACAGCAGCCCUUAGCAGUCCUCAACAACGACACGAUUGUUGACAGUUGUAAAGAUGAAGCGAUGGACUUCAGCAUUUCUAUUUUUUGUGCCAUUUGCAUAUUUAUCACCUUUGUAAGUUUGCCUUGUAAUGGUAUUGCUGUUAUUUUAAAUGAGCAUGCUGACAGUUAUUUCAAUAUUGGGUUUAUUUGAGGGAAAAUAUAUAUAUUUAAGUUUGUUUUAGUUUUUUUUAGUUACUUUUAUUGUUUUUGUCAUUUGCACUUAUAGCAUUUUACAGUACUACGAUACUUUUGGAUAACUUCAGCAUUCUGUCAUUAUAUAUGAUGUUGUUUGGUACUAAAGAAACAAUAAACGUGCACUUGAGC